AAUUAGACCAGAUAAAUUAUAUAAGCCGUCGGUUCAUUGAAUCUGAAUGAGUUCAAAAAAAUUCAACGGCGAUGCUUACACCUCUCGUCCUAUGGGUAUAAUAUAAUGUAAUAAUAAUACUCAUACAGAUACAAAGAGAAAGAGAGAGAAAUACAGGAGGGUUGGGGUUGUGGUUGGGGUUGGGUUGACAGAGAGAAGAAAAAAACCUCUUUCUUACAGAGACAGAGAAAAAGGUGUUUGGUUUGGUUCAUUCCAUAAAUCGAUCUGUUCGUCGCUUUUCUGUUGUAGCCCUCUUCGCCCUUUUUCGCAUUUUCUUCAAAUCAGAAGUUGUGACAGUUAUGGAGAUCAGAAGACAGAAUUUGAAUCCUUAUUUGGAUUAUUGAAUUCAAAAGAUUGGGUGUUCAAUUUGGAUUUGUCAAUCAAGAACAAGGGCUAUCUAUGGAUUUGGAUAAUAUAGAGUGCGUGUCUUCUUCGGAUGGAAUGGAAGACGAAGAGAUCCACACCCACCAGUUCUCUUCAAAACCUCACAAUAAUAAUAAUAACAUCGGAAUACUACCCUCUGGAUUGACUCCCGCUACAAGCGUUCAUGAAUUGUUGGAGUGCCCUGUUUGUACUAAUUCUAUGUACCCUCCAAUUCACCAGUGUCACAAUGGACACACAUUAUGCUCGACCUGUAAAACAAGGGUACACAACAGAUGUCCUACAUGCAGACAAGAACUGGGCGAUAUCAGAUGCUUAGCUUUGGAAAAAGUCGCUGAAUCACUGGAACUUCCAUGCAGAUAUUUUUCUUUGGGAUGCCCAGAAAUCUUCCCAUAUUACAGCAAACUAAAGCACGAAGCUUUAUGCAACUUCAGACCCUACAACUGCCCAUACGCCGGAUCUGAAUGUUCAGUCACCGGAGACAUUCCUUUUCUGGUUACCCAUCUCAGAGACGACCACAAAGUCGACAUGCACACAGGCUGUACUUUUAACCACCGUUAUGUGAAAUCCAACCCCCGUGAAGUUGAAAACGCUACCUGGAUGCUAACAGUGUUCCAUUGUUUUGGGCAGUACUUCUGCCUUCACUUUGAAGCGUUUCAGCUAGGGAUGGCACCUGUUUACAUGGCGUUUCUUCGAUUCAUGGGGGAUGAAGCAGAUGCAAGGAAUUACAGCUACAGUUUAGAGGUCGGAGCCAACGGGAGGAAGCUGAUUUGGGAAGGAACACCAAGGAGUAUCAGAGAUAGCCAUAGGAAGGUAAGAGAUAGUCAUGAUGGGUUGAUUAUACAGAGAAACAUGGCGCUUUUCUUCUCCGGUGGUGACAGGAAAGAACUCAAACUUAGGGUUACAGGGAAGAUAUGGAAAGAACAACAGAAUCUGGACGCCGGGGUUUGUAUUCCUAAUUUGUGUAGCUGAGAUACUGAGAUUUAGGGUUUAAUCUUCUUCUCUUUUCUUCCUUUCAAUGUGUUUGAUGAAUGAACGAAUGAAUGAAUGGAUGAUUCUUCAAAUUUCUUGUGUAUGUAACUGUACGAUUCAGGCUGCCAUAGCUAUUAAAUUUCUUCAUCUAUUCAGAAGGGAUUCUUUAGGUUAAAUGUGCACAUAGGACACAGAAAGUUGUUUCUUUUUUCAUGUAAUAUUUUGAAUAUUUUGCACUAUUUAACCCUUUUCAUUUGUUAGUGUAUUUUCACACUUAAUACAACACGUCUCCAGCAUCAUUCUGUUUGAGAUGUCAAAUGGAUUCAAGGU